AUGGACAUGGGCAUGGAACAUUUGAUGGAAAUGGCCAGGCGAGCCUGGUAUGACUUCACUGCCGGAGAGUCAAACCUUCCGGGAAGGCCCCAUGCUCUCACUGUAGCCAAUACCUCGGAUUCCGUAUUCCAGGGCAUCAGAUUUGUGCAGAGUCAGAUGUGGACAUUGUCAAUCAUCCACACCCAUCAUACAUUGUUUGACUCUAUCUAUGUGAACAACACAUCAGCUAACGAGAAUUCUGCGCACAACACGGACGGAGCGGAUACUAUCUAUAGCUCCCACAUCACAUUCAAUAACUGGUUUGUGGAUAACGGCGACGACAGCAUUAGCGUGAAGGCCAACUCCACCGAUAUCCUGAUCACAAACUCCACCUUCCAUCGCGGUCUAGGCAUCGCCGUCGGAAGCAUCGGCCAGUACAAAGACACUUUCGAGACGAUAGAGCGGGUCCGAGCGGAGAACAUUGUUUUCGAUGGCACCUUGCAUGCGCUAUAUUUCAAGACCUGGACUGGCGAGCAAGUGAGCUAUCCACCUAAUGGCGGAGGAGGCGGUCUUGGCUAUGCCACCGACCUCUCAUGUUCCAACCUGACGGCCCACGACCUCAGGGGCUCUGCAUUUUCCAUCUCGCAAUGUACCUCAUUCUCGGACGCAGUCGGCAACUGCACCUCGUCCAAAUUUGAGAUUGGGAACAUUGCCGUGAACGGAAUUUCGGGAACUACCAAGAAAAACACCGUAGCUAGCUUCCAGUGUAGCGCUGUUAGACCAUGCAGAAAUAUCGCGCUGGAGGGAGUGGAUCUGGUACUGGCAUCGAAUGGAACGAAGGCUGUCGACUACCUCUGUGGCAACGUGAUUGGAACAACAGGUUUCAACUGCACCGGAAAGGCCUGUGAGGGAAAAAGCGCCACUGGGGAAUGUUGA